AUGAGCGAUGACCAAGAUGCAGAAAAGGCUCUGACAAAUUUCAUACAGUACGGACAAUUCCCUUUAGCACAUAUAUUUGAACGCGUUGUUCGUGUAUGCUUUAAAAAGAAAAUUCUUUUCGUUUUAGAUGGAGAUUACGAUAAAGCUUCUCUUUAUGACAUAACAAUUACAAAACUUUCGCAACUUCUAGCAGAUAAUCAACUUGGAUAUAAAAUUGAUGCAAUAAAAGCAAAAGAUGAGAGACGAAUUGAAGAAUUACAAGAAAGAAUAAAUAUCACCAAUGAAAUUUAUCAAAAAAGAAUAGAAAACUUAGAAAAAGAUUACCAAAAUCGAGUAAACUCUCUCCUUGAGAGACAGGAAAAAGAAGUUGAUAGAUUUGAAGAAAAAUGGAAUAGUCCAUUGAAUUAUGCAAAGUAUUCGAAACCUUCGAAUAGUUUACUACAACUUAGAUACAUAGAACGCAAGCAAGCCAUAUUUAAAGAUUAUAUUGAUGCAAGAAAAACUAAAAUGGAAGCUGAUAAACUUCAGCAGAAAGAGGAAGAAGCUGUACAUGAACUUAUGCAGAGCAAUAUGAAUAAAGCAUAUACGAAACUUGUACUACGACAAGAUAAUGAUGUGAAGAAACUCGAGGAUCUAGGUAAGAAAGCAAUAAAUGAACUUAAGCGUGAAUUGAACCAUGAAAUUGAAUGUAUUAAUAAAACAAUAAGCAAUAUAAAGCGUAAAGAAGGAAAAACGAUUAAUAAGAAGAUGUAUUCCCUAUCUCCGCAUCUAAUGAAUACAAAUCAAACAUUUAACUCAACUAAUGGCGAAGAAAGCGAUGAAUUCAGCUUCUUGUCCCCAAGAACAGCAUCUCUGUAUUCUAUCUUCAGAGAUGCUGAUCCAAAUGAACUAAAUAUUCUUCGACCAACAAACGAAAAACUAGAUAGUAUCAUUAGUGAUGAGUUAAAUAAGCCAUUCAAACCUUUACCUAAGAAACUCAAAUAA